UUCAAGUGGCGCAGUGUCCCGUCUGGAGACAGAGAGGGCGAAGUUUCUCUCUGCAUAGCAGCCUGAGCGCUGCUACCGGAAUCCAACAUAACAAUGGCGACUCCCAGGCCUGACAGCAACUCCACAAGCUCCAGCAACAACAGCAACAUUGGAGGAUCCAUGUCGCACCAUUUUCACCAGCAGACACACAGCAGCAGCAUGCAAGAAACCAACACCUGCUGGAGAUGUCAAAAUGAAACAGGGUUUCAGAUAAGCCUGUCUGGAGUGUCCCAAAGUAAACGUAAAGCUCUGAAGCUGAAUUUCGCCAACCCUCCAGUGAAACCAGCCUCCAGGCUCCCGCUCCAUCCAACGGCUCCCUCCUUCCAGAACCCUCACAUAGAGCGCCUGCGGACACACAGCAUCGAGUCGUCGGGGAAGCUGAAGAUCUCUCCGGAGCAGCAUUGUGACUUUACGGCAGAGGAUCUGAGAGACCUCGGGGAGAUUGGUCGCGGGGCGUAUGGCUCCGUCAACAAGAUGGUUCACAAACCCACCGGCCAGAUCAUGGCUGUCAAGAGGAUUCGCUCCACUGUGGAUGAGAAGGAGCAGAAGCAGCUGCUGAUGGAUCUAGACGUGGUGAUGAGGAGUAGUGACUGUCCCUACAUUGUUCAGUUCUACGGCGCUCUCUUCAGAGAGGGGGACUGUUGGAUUUGUAUGGAACUUAUGGCUACCUCAUUAGACAAAUUCUACAAAUAUGUAUACUGUGCAUUAGAUGACGUCAUUCCAGAGGAUAUAUUAGGCAAAAUAACAUUAGCGACUGUUAAAGCACUGAACCACUUAAAAGAAAACUUGAAAAUAAUUCACAGAGACAUCAAACCUUCCAACAUUCUAAUGGACCGAAUGGGUAAUAUCAAGCUGUGUGAUUUUGGCAUCAGCGGUCAGCUGGUGGACUCCAUAGCCAAGACCAGAGACGCAGGCUGCAGGCCUUACAUGGCGCCUGAAAGGAUAGACCCCAGUGCUUCCAGACAAGGCUAUGAUGUCCGGUCUGAUGUGUGGAGUUUGGGUAUCACCCUGUACGAGCUGGCCACAGGACGGUUCCCCUACCCCAAGUGGAACAGUGUUUUUGAUCAGCUGACACAGGUGGUGAAAGGUGAACCUCCCCACCUCAGCAACUCAGAGGAGAGGCAGUUCUCCCCCAUGUUCAUCAACUUUGUUAACCUAUGCCUUACGAAGGACGAAUCAAAACGGCCAAAGUACAAGGAGCUUCUGAAACGUCCCUUCAUUCUGAUGUAUGAAGAGCAUUUCGUGGACGUCGCCAGUUACGUAUGUCGCAUCCUGGAUCAGUUCCCCACCUCUCCCAUCUCUCCUAUGUACGUGGACUGAUGGAGUCAGGCUGGGGGGGGGGGGGAGGCUUACCCACCAUGCAGUGGGUGGGACACUUAGCUUUGUGAUGCAAUGCUUGACAUCAAAGACUUACUGUAUGUAGGAUCACCUGUUCAUUCACAUGUUCCAAAGAACAAAGGAACUAAUUCCACAUUGCCCGGUGCAAUAAGAUGAUAAAUGUAAGCAAACCUCCACCUCCCAACAAGUCAAUGUCAAACAUGCACUAUAUACACAGUCUACCAAAUAGAAUGUAGAACAGGGACACUCAUGAAAUUAGCCACCAAUUGGAUUGUACAACGUGGACUGUAUGUAUGCAUAUGUGUGUUUACUUCUGAACUGUUGACCUGUACAGAUGUAUGCUGAUCGACCUGCAGUCCAAACACACACACACACAGUUUGGUGUGGGCACCUUCUCUCAUGGUAAAUGAAUAAGUAUGCAAUAGUGUUUCUCUCUGGAGAGCUCAUGGAUUCGGUAGUGUGGCUUUACUUCUGUCUGAUUUUUCAAUAUGCAAUCUGUGAGUGUGUCCUGACACAUGAUCACAUCUGAUGGCCACAGUUUGUACCUUUCAUGCGUUAUCAUCACGUUUCAGUCAGAGAGCUCAGCGUCAAAGAGAAAUCCCUAAACCCAGAAGAUCAUUCAACACAACUUCUCACAGUUCUGAAGUUUUUUGUAGAAUUGCUUAAACUCUGUUCUCUGUCUCUUGCUCUCUCUCCAAGCUGUCAUCCAAUAAAGCAGGAAUGCUGAACAUUUUUUUUAACCCUCUUCUGUCCAUCUGGAUCAACUAUAUAUUAUUUUAUAUAUAAUCAAAAUAAAUAAAUCAUGAUAUCUGGUUUUUCAGAGGUGGUUUCUCUUUCACAUUAACGGUUGUUUAGCUCUGUCACUCAAACAUAAUAAGAUGCUGAAACUGGGGCUAGUUCAUUGCGUCAUGUCCUGAUGUAGAGUUGCUUGAGGACAUCCUGUCCACUGAUGUUGAUGUGUAUGUAUAUGGUGCAUUCUAAUCUGCUGUUCCUGGCACGUUCUGCUUGACAGUUGAGGCUCGUUCAAAUCAGACAGUAAGGAGGUCUGGGUGCAGAAUGAAAGUGUGUCUGUAUGUUUCAGUUUGACAGUGAGUCCUAAUGCUCCUCAGCAGCCUGCCUUAGCACUGUACAGUUAAACUACUCAUCCACACUGAUCACAGAUCCACCAUGCUGCCAUAUAGAGGCAGACAGUAGUGACUACAUUUUUAAAAGUCCUGGCACGUGUGUCCUGUCGAGAACAAUGACACCUUUAGAUGCUGCUAAAUGACAAAAUGUCCACUUCUGUACGCACCACACAACUGACAGGAGAGGAGGAAGAUCUCUCCUCUCCUGUCUCUUUGACCCUUCAGGUCACCCUGGACUCAGCAUGUCUCUGGCUUGCACUGAUAAUAGAAUGUUUCCCACGCCAAACAUAUUUCACAAAGGAUGCAUCUCCGUAGCCCAGAAUGCGUUCCCUCACCGGUUUUUCUCCACCGGGGCUGAUCUACUACAGUUUACCGUACCAGGACAGAUGGAGGGGAAGCCGCAUCUAGAGACUAUGGAGAUCCCCGCAGAGAGCCACGUCUACCAGGAGAGUGGAAGUUAGAGUUGGCUACAUAACCAAACUGUUUGUAUGGAUGGUGGCCCUUCAAAACUGGGACACUGUAGAGACUUGUAAUGUAAUGAAUUACUUUAACGGAUAAGGAUGGCAAUAUUUAUGUUUUCUUCUUUGUCGACAAAUCCCAUAAAUGUAUGAUUGAAUAUUGCCAGACUUUUCUUUUAACCUAGCAAAUACUAAAAAUGUAAAGUAAUUCUAUGCAACAUCAGCCAGGCAAGAGGUAGACCGUGACUUGAUGAUGGUGAGAUGGAUGUAUUACUAUUAUUGUUACUCGUCAAGUUUCAUGUGAAACAAUACAUGUUUUGAUCAACAUUACUAUGUUUGGCUCUUUACCCACCUUAUUACAUUUAGCUUCACUACAUUAAAGGAAUUGUCUUACUUAAAGAGCAAUUUUAGCGUAGUACUUUCAUAAAGUUAGGAGUCUAGCGAGAGACUGAUUUUAAAAAAGGGUCAAAAUUGAUGCAGCAAAGGCUGAUGUGUCCUAAUUUUUGGUCAUUCAUGUGGAUCAAGCUUCAAAACGAAUAAUCCUGAUGACAGGCUAUUUUCUCAGACAUGACAAAGUGCCUGUUUUCAGAGGCUGGCUCGUGCUAGUAUGAUUCUAAACUGAUGAGUUUCCCGUGACAUUUUAAAAGAGAAUUCUACGCCAUAGGCCGCUACAGAUGUCAGCCAUGUUGGAAGAUGGCCACCAUCAUGGAGAUGUGUUGGGGAGUCUGGGGUCAUUUGUUAAAAAACAAAAACAGACUUGUUGAAUACUUGAGGCUUAUUCAGGCGGUAAACCAUUACAGCCAACCUGGUGGAGGUGCAGUGUAGACCAGAUGUGUUUCUCUCUGUAGAUGAAAUGGAGGAUUCUGUCGGCUCUAUUCUCUGCUGUUCUAUCUGUAAUGUGAAAUGGUGCGAUAACCCACAGGUCCAUUUCACAUGACAGAUGGAGCCGUUACUGCAAACAGAGUCCAGAUCUGUUGUUUAUUAUGGGAUACAUCUCCAGGAAGCUAACGUACCACUGGUGAAUAUGAAUCUCCAGGGUACAUGUUGUGUAAACUGCAAUUUACUAGAAUGUUCAUAUUAGAUUAUAUGAUAUUAAGGGAAAUGAAUAUUAUAUUGUAUCUUUAUCGAGGGUUACAAACAAACUUCCCAUGGAAAAUAUUGAAAACCUGUAUUGUGUGCUUCUUGUGAAUUAGACAUGAAUAAAAGAGGAAAUGCAGAAAUGAUUUUGCUGUGAUAGGUUUAUUGCUCUUCUUUCUGUAGUAUACAGGGAUGCAGGCAAAUACUGUUUUUCAUUUUAUAAUAGUAAAGCAAGUCGGUGGCCAAGCAACAUGGAAGCUUCUGUCUGAUGUGAUUUUGUUUCCUGAUUAGGGAAAAUGAUGAAAUGAACCCCACCAGGUAAAAAAGCCCUGUAAAUAUUCUUAUAACGGAAGACAUGAAGUGAAAAAUAUCAGCUUUGUCAUAUAUUCAAGAUGGGCAUUCAUUGCCUACAUGUAACCAUAGAAACCCUUUAACAAGUGCAACACUUCAUAAGUAACAGGAAAAAAAACAGAUUUGGUCAAACAGAACACGCAGUGAGACCCACGUCUACAGGCAACAGAAAUGUGUUGGAAAUGUAUAAGUUUGACAUUUGGGAUGUAUAUUUAUUUGCUUUCUUCACAAUAGUUAGACGAGACUCAACGCCUUCCUUUAAAGUUUUUACAUAUCGCAGGAAAGGACAUUUACAGACCAAAAGUACAAACCUUUGAGAUCUUGUGAGUGAAACUACUGUGUGUAUAAGCUGUCUCUGCUACACGGUUAUGCUGUGUUAAUAUGCAGUGUUCACAGUAAGGAUCUGAAUAUUAUAUUGUAUCUUUAUCGAGGGUUACAAACAAACUUCCCAUGGAAAAUAUUGAAAACCUGUAUUGUGUGCUUCUUGUGAAUUAGACAUGAAUAAAAGAGGAAAUGCAGAAAUGA